AUGUGUUGUAGAAUUGACCAUGCUGACUAUAGCGCCCUACUAAAGAGAUGUUCCCUAAAUCUUGAAAACUCGCAUAUUUUUAUCGAUGGUUACGGCCUAAUCUUACACCACUGGAAAAUCUCCAACCAAAAUACACAGUCCAAUGUGGCACCCAACAAGAUCUAUGUCCAGGAAGUCAAAAAGCAAAUUGACCUGCUUCUUGCACUGAACCCAAGAUCAAUCACUUUUUUUGUCGAGUCUGUUGUCACUAACCUCGGGCUGGAGAACAGGAUUCGUUCGAAGCAAGAGUUGCUCAACACAAUUAACUUUGAUGGUUUGGUUUCCCCGCGGAUCUUGACGCUUUCGGAGAUUAUGAAGUACUCUCCAAAAGUAAACACUGCUCUGUGCGAUAUGGAGAACGAACAUACUAUUCUGCAUGAUAUUGCUAAGUUAAAGUCAAGCCCCGGAGCCUCAGAUGACGACUCCUACUUGAUAAUUACUCGCAAUCUAUCUUUCGCUCGCUACGAGCUUCCUGACAAUUCUCAGAUCUUCCUCCUCCCAACUGAUACUGAUCUACAGGAGUGUCCUCUCAACUUGAGAGCUUACGCAUUUCACGAGCUCCAGUCCGUGCUCUGCAAAGAUUCGGCACCAGAAAAACUUCCAGACCUGAUUGGAGGUACCAUUCUUAAUCCCGAUAGUGGCACUUACCUGCGACUCGAGCUUCAAAACUCUUUACGCAACCAAUGUCCUGUCAUUUUGCUUCCGGUUGUUCCAAUUGUAGAUGGUAUCAGCCCUUACGACGUUGGUUCUGUUUACAGAAGAUCUGCCUAUGGUUCCUUUUUGCAUGAACUCAACGUGUCCCCGGAAACACCCAUCAAACUCUAUCACCAGGAAGCGCGCAAGUACAAAGCCCACCCUCUUCGUCCUUUGGAUAAAGGUAUUUGCAAAGCCCAUGCAAGGUACUGGAGCCAAGCGAGAAGAGGAACCGAUUUUUGCGACGAGCUAAUCGGUUUUGUGAGUCCCCCAAUAAUCUCAUCGGUCGGCAGGUAUCUCAAUGAUCUCCUUGAUGAGAAGCCUAUGCGAUCAGCGACGCCGUCACUGGAAGCAAAACAAGCAAUCUGCUAUCUUUCGGUCUUGUUUUACAGUCUGUGCGUCUUAAGCGAAUGCGAACAUAGCUUCUCCUGCGACCCUUACAUGAGACUACUGACUGAGAUCAACCCUUUCCAUCUAGAACCUUACGUAUUAGCAUAG